AGGAAGUACAGCUGCACCACUAGGUGUUUGCUAGCUAGUAGCGGUUUAGCAUGGUUAUGGCUGUGUUUGUCAUCGAGAAAGCUUAAAUAAAUCACUGUGAAUGCAGCCUUUUAGCCCGCGGAUGGUUUUUCGAUCGUGUAGCUUGUCCGUAAAUCGGAACAAUGUCGGACAGAAAGCGGACUAGAGAAAAGGAGGAGCGGAGAGAACACAAGAAACACAAGGCGUCCAAACACGACCUGGAAAAACUCAAGACACAGUCGAAAAAACUUAACCAAGAAGUCCAAAAACUAAAACAUGUGGAGACCUUCUAUGAAAAACCUCCUCCAGGACUUAUAAAGGAGCAUGAGGAGAAACCAGAGGACUGUAUUCCUGCAGAACCAGGAAAUGAAGAAGCCAGGAACUUCCUGGCCCAUGCUCCCACCAGGGGUCUGUGGAUGCCUCUGGGGAAAGAGGUGAAGGUGAUGCAGUGCUGGAGAUGCAAGCGUUACGGCCACAGAACAGGAGACAGAGAGUGUCCUUUUUUCAUCAAAGGGAACCAGAAACUGGAGCAGUUCCGAGUGGCUCAUGAAGACCCGAUGUACGACCUCAUUCGGGAAAACAAAAGGAACGAAAAGGAAACCAGGAUUCAGCAGCUUCAGCAGCUCCUCCAGGACACCACCACCUCCUCCUCUGAUUCAGACAGCUCCUCCUCAUCAUCAUCAUCCUCAUCAUCCUCUCACCAUCACCGCAGCAAGAAGAGAAAGAAGAGGAAGGACAAGAAGAAGAAGGACAAAAAGAAAAGGAAAAAGAAGCGGAAGCACAAAUCCAGCAAAACAAGUGACUGUUCAGACUCAGACUGAAGCUGCGGAACACGUAUUUGAUGAGUACUACGUUCUGUAAACGUAGGAAGAGACUGUGAAUAAAGUAGCAGCAGAAUUUAGAGCUAUACUCUAGAGUCCUCCUUAAGCUUGAUGGUUGAAACUCUAAAACCGCAUGACCCCCCCAGCCCCCUCCAGCUGUUUUAUUUGCUCCGGGAUGAUGACUUUCAUCUCCAUCUCCCCUGUUAGAUGGGCCAGUGCAGGCGUAUAAGGAGUAGCUGCUUAACUUAGUGUAUUUGUACAUGUGCCUCAGCGCAUAUGUGUGUGUCAGAAUGAAUUAACCGCACGAAGUAAUGAGUCUAAACUGACCCUCUGGUGUAAAAGAUAACGUCCUUUUACCGGGGCCUAUUAAGAUCGCAUGUCAGCAAAUACAGUAUGUCAUUAAGAGAUUGUAUUUUCCACCACAUUUUCUACUCCCUGCCAUUUCUCUGGUAUUAAAUACUUUGAUUGUAGAGUGCACUGAAUGCAGACAGAUGGGGUGGGGGUCCAAAUUAACAGUUGGAGUACAGCUAGAAUUUGUUUUCCACACAACUCUGAAUGUUUGAAUGCUUGUGACUGUACAUAAAUAUUUGGAAUGAUUUGAGGUUGGAAUAUGCUUAUUUUGCUUCGGGUAAAAGCCACAGAGAUGUGGGGAAAGAAUGUAUGUGAAUGUGCUUCCUUAUACUGGGAAUAAAGAUGGCUGUUUUUCUUCAAUCUUGAA